GAGUCCCCACAUCGCCAGCGGUAGUUUCCCCCGAACACGCUCUCACUCACGCUGCCCACUGAGCUGACAGGCGUACAGAGCUGACAGGCUUACAGCCGCUGCAGUGCUUCUCUCAUUCUCACCUCCACAACAGAACAGAGUCAACAAAAUGGGGAAAGGUUGCAUCACGGCCACCAAGUACUUUCUGUUUCUCUUCAACCUGCUCUUCUUCAUAUUUGGAGCCCUGAUUAUGGGCUUUGGACUCUGGAUCCUCUUGGACAAUCAAAGCUUCAUUGCAGUCUUGCAGGACUCAUCUACGGCACUAAAGGUGGGCUCCUACAUUCUGAUUGGUGUGGGCUCCUUCUCCAUGCUCAUGGGCUUCCUGGGCUGUCUGGGAGCCAUCUAUGAGAUCCGCUGCCUGCUUGGACUGUACUUUACUUGCCUGCUCCUCAUACUCAUCGCUCAGGUGGCUGCAGCUAUUCUCAUCUAUUUCCAGCGGGACGUGCUGAGGACUGAGACAUCCAGCAUCGUGAUCAAAAUCCUGCAGAACUACCAUGGGCAGAACAAGACUACGGAGCUGGCCUGGGACUACAUCCAGAGGAAUAUGCACUGCUGUGGCUGGAACGGACGCACAGACUGGCUGGAUAACCCUGUGAUCGUGAACAGUUCUCAGAUGCUUUACCCCUGCUCCUGCCGCAACUCCUCCAUCCCUGAAGACAACGGCACAGACAGCGGCUUCUGCGAGGCCCAGUCUCCUGACUGGCCCAUUUAUGACACGGGCUGCAUGUCCAGUGUGGAGAGCUGGCUCUUCACAAACUACGGAGUCAUUCUAGGAAUCUGCCUUGGGGUGGCUGUUAUUGAGCUUCUUGGCAUGAUCCUGUCCAUGGGCCUUUGUAAGAGUGUACACCAAGAAGACUACACCAAAGUGCCAAAGUAUUGAGGGAGAUAAAAACACACAUGCACAUGCUCACAAACUCUCGUACAUACAGUAUAUUGAUUCUCUUUAUAGUUUACUUGCCCAGAAGAAGUCCCACAUUAAAUGCACCCAAAAAAGUGAGCUUUAUUCUGGAUUAGAAGUUUAUGGAAAGCUAUCACUUGGAUAGUGAAAAUUCUCUAUUUUUUUUGGUCCUACACAAUAGUGGCUCAUCUGAAAAGUAAUUUAAACCCACCACUAAGCCUGCAGAUUUCUCGAAUAUGGCAUUUUAGCAUUCAGCAGUUAGGUAGAAUGUACGCUUUCCGGUUUAGAGUCUUAAGAAACGUCUGUAGGUAUAAGGUCUGUGUAUUCAGUGCCAUUUCUGAGGUGCUGUCAGAAACAUUGUGACGCAGAGCCAGGAUGGUGGCGCAUAGGACCUGCCCACAUGAAGGAACGGAAGGCUUAUGACUGGUUCUACAGCCACUCCAUAAUCUCUUUAAACCACACUGCUGGUCUUCAUGCUGAGGCUGUUCAGCGUGCUUUUGGUGUUCAUUAUUUACAGCAGUCAGACUCAAAGCUAACAUCUAUUGCAUGACGGUUCUUUUUUUAAAUCUGUACAUCAGUGUUGUUUUUGGUUGUUGUUUUUUUAUUCGUUUGUAUAUACUUUUAGCAUUAAUUAGCAUGUCACUUUUAAGGUUGUAAGAGACUUUCCGCUCUAAGUUGUUUCCUUUACAGUUAUAGUUUUUUAUGUACAGAGGGCAUAUUUUUAACUUUUUAAGUUUCUUAGAUUUUUGGCUUUUUAAAGAAAAAUAUAACAUGAAAGUUAUUGAUAAACCAAAUUCUGCCAUAUGCCCCCCCCCCAAGCUGACUGCAGGCCUGAUUUUCUCGCUUCACUUCUAAUCUGACUGCUUUCUCCAAACACUGCUUUUUGCUGAACUGCUUGCUUGUGAUUCCUUUUGAUGUGUUCUGUUAAAGUAGAACCUUCAUGGUUGAUCUCUUUACUUUGUAACUCGACUGUGAUCCCUAUAGAUGCACUCUGUGUGCCGUUCCCUUCAGGAAAAAAUAAGCAUACUUUAAAAGAUCUCCUGUUUAAGUCUUAUAUUGUUUCAGUUCUUCUAGUUCUUCUCGAUCAGAGAUUUGUAAUCUUUGUAUAUUUGAGGAAAGAAAAUGGAUCUGAGACUGUGGUCAGGACACGUGUUUUGUUUUGUUUGGAAGGGAAAAAUGGAGCAGAAAUUGUCCUGAAAGUGAAUCAUUUUGAUUUUGAUCAUGAAAAUAAUUCUUCCUUUUUAUGGUACGAGGAAAAAUGUCUUUGUGUUUAAACCUUUUUGUAUACUUGGAACACAUACUUGGCCAAGUAAUUAUGAAACAGUACCACGUACCUCUGUUAAGUUCUCUCUGUUACAAUAAAGUGAACUCACCCAA